UCCUUGCAAAAGGUAGUUUGACCUCUAUUUUUUUCACGGAACGAAAGUAAAUUGCCGUAACGUUUUUACGGCAAAUUUCAAAGAUAACGAAAUCAACAAAUAAAUUCCCGAUAACUGAUUGCUCGAUGAUUCUGCGUAUGAACACAAAUAAAUAGCCCGAAUCGAAUUAUGUUAAAUAAAUCAAGAAAAUAACCUUUACAAAAUUCAGCACAAUAAUAUUUACGCGGGAAAAUGCCGCGCUCCAAAGGCUUACCGCAAAAGAGCGUCAAGAGCUCUAAUUCCUUAACAAACACAUGGGUCUUUCUUAUGAAAGAUGAUCUAGAUGAUACAAAUGAAAAUCAAUUAGAAGUUGUAAAACUUAGACAUCCAGCUUCGAAUAAGCCAGCUGUAUUUGUGUUUACUCCUGGGAAUCUCAGAGUACAGGAGGUUUUAGUUUUUAAUGAAGACAAGAGAUCUUGGUUCAUUGAUGACAAUGUCAAAUCUGAUGGCAAGUUACAUUUGUCAACUCCAAUUGAUCCACUUUUUUUAGUUUUGCCAUAUUUAAGAAAGUCACAACUAGCACAACCUUUGGAACAGUGCCUUUGGGACGAGGAUUUUCCAGAAACCUCUUAUUUAGCAAAAUGUGAAAAUUUAAAUCUUUCCUUAGUUGCUGACCACAAGGGAGAAGAUUCAUUAUGUGCCUUCAAGUUUAAUGAAAAGAAAUCAUUAAAAUGGUUGCAAAACAAAGUAGAAAAAGUAGCAAAAGUAUUGAAACAAAAAGGAGUUCAUGUGUCUCAAGGUGCUAUGAGUGCUACUUAUGUCAAAAGCACUAAAUUUGAAAGUGCUGCAGAAACAGAAUAUUUGAGAUAUGCACAUGGUAUUGUGUCAGAAUAUCUUGCUGAAGAUCUGUCCAAGAAGUUGGCAGAGUACUUAAAUAUACCUGAAGAAAUAGAGAAUAAAAAGCGCAAACCAACUAGUCCUAAUAACGGAAGUGAUGAGAAAAGAACUAAGAAAGAUUUUGUUGAAGAGAGUCCAAAACCAAAAAUAAAGAAAAUUAACUCUGAAAAGACAAAUGCUGCUCCCAGUAAAAAAGAGAUAGCUAUACAAAGAGCAGCAGCAGGAUCUAAAAGCAUUACCAGUUUUUUUAAAAAGAAAUAAAUCCUAAAAGGAACAAGACGGUUUUAAGGUUGAAUGCAUUUAAAAAGCGUUUUUCGACAAUGUUUUUUUAUGAUGAUUUAACAUUGUAUAAAAAAAUUAAUACAUAUUUACACAAUUUUAAUAUCGAAUCUUUAUUAC